UGAGGAUUUGCGUGGAAACGAAAACAACACCUUCCCCAAGACACACACACACACGCACGCACGCACACACGCACACACGCACACACGCACACACGCACAGACACAGACACACACACACACAUACACACGCACACACACGCACCCGCUUUGUCCUGUGCGCUGCUGACUGCUGCAUGUCGGGGUGCAAUGAGCCGUGACCCAGGCACACAGGUGCCCGCCACCACCACCACCACUGCGGCGAGCACAGCGCCUGCUGCUCCAAGCACCAUCUUCGAAACACAAAAAGGGUGCAAUGUGAAGGUGUGCGUGCGCGUGCGUCCCAUGAACAAGCGCGAGCGGGAAGGUCGAUAUGCACACUGCGUUGAGAUUGCUGACGAGACGCACGUCAUCGUGCACAAGCCCAAGUCUGGCGGGGGUCGGGCGGAUCGACCCGCUUCAUCUGCGGUUCGACCCCUCACCUUCAGCUACGACAGGGUGUUUGGAGAGAACGAUGCGCAGACGACAGUGUUCAGCACAGCUGUAUCGCCCGUGGUCGACUCUGUUCUUGAAGGGUACAACGGGAGCGUGAUUGCAUAUGGGCAGACGGGCACGGGCAAGACGUUUACGAUUGAGGGCGACCUCAAAGGCGAACAUCAGGGCAUCAUCCCGCGCGCCGUCCACCGCGUCUUUCAACACAUCCAGGAUGCUUCGGAUGCGCGCUGCCAGUGGCUCGUCCGCGUCUCCUUCCUGCAGAUCUACAACGAGCGCGUGUCUGACUUGCUUGACGCGGACAAGGACAACCUGAAGAUCAGAGAGGGCGCACGCGGCGUGUGGGUGCAGGACCUGUCGGAGCACGUGGCGCGGCGCGUGGAGGACGUGCAUGCGCUGUUGUCGCGCGGGAAGCAGCAGCGGAAAACAAACAGCACGCGCAAGAACGAAACGUCAAGCCGAAGCCAUGCAGUGUUCACGAUCAUUGUUGAGCGGUCUGAGGAGAAGGAGGAUGGCACCACCGUCACCGUCGGCAAACUGCACCUUGUUGACCUGGCCGGCAGCGAGCGGUUUGAGGCGUCCUCGGAUUCAACGCGACAACGCGAGACAACAAACAUCAACACGUCCCUGUCCGCGUUUGGGAAAGUUGUGAUUGCGCUCACGGCGAAAUCGCGCGUUCACACCCCAUAUCGUGACUCAAAGCUCACACGCAUCCUCCAGGACAGCUUGGGCGGCAACUGCCUGACGACGAUGAUCUCGACCAUCUCGCCCUCAUCGGACUGUCUCCAGGAGUCCACGUCCACGCUGCAGUUUGCAAACGUGGCCCGCUCUGUCAAGAAUGUGGUGAAGCGCAACGAGGACAAGAGCGACACAGCCAUGCUCAGCGCGUACCAGUCGGAGGUCAAGCGGCUCAGAGCAAUGCUCGAGAAGUCUGCGAUGGCGGUCGACUCGUCCGCAAUGGCGGGGGAGCUCGAGCGAAAGACACGAAUGGUUGAGCAAGCAACACGCGAGAAGGAGCAGCUGGAGACGCAGAUUGCAGAGUUGCAGGCGUCGAUGCUGACUGGUGGCCGUCGCAUUGAGGAGACGGAGGAGUUUCAGGAGGCCGUGAAGCGCGAGCGGCAACGGCUGCACCGGGAACAGCAGCAGCAGCUGGAGCAGGUUGAGCGGGAGCGAGCCAAGUUGGAGGCGGAGAAGCGGGCGUUUGAGGCGAAAAAACAGGAGUGGCUACGCGCACAACAGCAGCAGCAGCAGAAGGAAAAGGAAAAGGAGGAGGAGAAACAGAAGGAAAAAGAAGAGGAAGAGAAACAGAAACAGGAGGGGGAGAAGGGAAGCAAGGAGACAGCGCAGAACAACGGGCAGGAUGAUGCAAAGCAGGCAACACCGCCCCUGCCGCUUGCGCCGUCGCCGCCAAAGGGCCCGCGAUCGUCACGCGCGUCGACAUCGAUGGGACUCCGACGGUCACACGAGCACGCGCGCACGAGCGGUGGCAGCGGUGCUGGCGGUGACAAGGGCGGCGAUGGUGAUGGUGACACGGUUAAGACACAACAGCAAUCACAGCAGCAGCAGCAGCAGCAACAACAACAACAGCAUCAACUUCAACAACAACAGCAUCAACUUCAACAACAGCAGCAGCAGCAGCCUCAACUUCAGCAGCAGCAGCAGCAAGAGCCACCGCGCGCCCCCGUGUCGAUGCCACGUCGCCGGUCGUCGGUGCUGUCUCCGUCAAUGGGGACGCUGCCGCUCAGGGUGCCACGGCCCCCGCCGCCGCGACGCAACAGCGGUGGUGGUGCUGGUGUGAACACCGUGGCCGCCAGCAACACGGCUGCAGUUGGUGCUGUUGGUGCUGUCAGUGGCGGCGUUGUGAAUGGGAAUGGUGCCGGUAGCAAGACGGCUGUAUCGAUCAACGGCCAGCGGUGGCAGCAGGCGAGAGCCGGCGGCGUUGCUGCUCCUCCUGCACAUGUGGCCGCGAUGGUGAACUCGGUGCACGGACGCAUUCUGGCAUCACAACAACAACAACAACAACAGCAACACCAACAGCACGGUAAUGGUAUGCGUGAGCCACGUCCACCACAUGUGGUGCAGGCGUGGGGCAACGGCAGCGAGCAGCAGCCGACACGCGGACUUCAGCGCAACGAUUCAUCGCCAUCGGCGCUGUCGCUGCAGAACGUCGACGCAAGGCCACUCCUGAGUGAUGACGACGACGACGACAACGAGCUCAUUCCUGUCGACAUUUCCAGUGAUGAGGAGCACAUGGAUGCUGUGACGGCGCACGUGGGGGCGGCGUCGCUUCGCCAGCGGCCGUCUGCUGAGGAGAUCAGGAUGCAGCGCGAAGCGGAGGCGCAGCAGGAGGAAGAGGAGCGCAUGCGCGCGUACAAGAUGGCGUUGAUGGACCCAAAUUCCGGCAUCCCGAUUGCAUCACACCGCGUGGGCCUAACGGUGUACACGUCGUGUUUCCGCGGCUCCGACGCUGCUGGCUGGUUCAUGGCAAACAUGGAGGGCGUGAGCAGCAUCCAGCGCGCGCAGAGCGUUGGGCAGAACUUGCUGGAUUUGGGCAUGUUUGUGGUCGUGCGUGGAGGGAUGACGUUUAAUGUUUCGGACUCUGCGCUGUACGCGUUUGAUUCUCCAAUGGAGGAAUUCCACUCCGAUGCGCCGGCCAGUGGUGACGUCAUCAUGAAUGGCGCCGCCAACAACAUCAACAGAAACAACAGCAGCACCUCCCUGCACCACACCCAGCAGCAGCAGCAGCACUAUCAGCCGCAAUACGUUGGUGGUGGUGGUGGUGAUGGUGGUGGUGGUGGAAACGGCGGAAACAGCAACACCGCCACGGGACUGUCGCGUGCUUGGGGGUCAUCAUCAUCGCUGUCAUCGCCAUCCACGCGUCGUCCAAGCUCGAGCCGAUCCCACGUGAUGCGACGCCGCCCGUCAUCCUCUGCUCGUCGCAGCAUGCGCAGGCGUCCCUCGUCGUCGUCAUCGUCCCUGACACGCACGGCUGCAGCCACCAACGGAAGCAACACGGGGUCACCGCUCACAAGCCGUGGGGCAAGCACGUCCAGCCUCAACGCAACUGGUGGUGCUGUUGGCACAACCUCGUCGCCACCGCCGCCCCACCACCAACAGCAGCAGCAGCAGAAACCGCAGCGGCGACGAUCGUUGUUGUCGAUGCGGCCGUUUGGACGAUCAAACAGCAGCAGCAUGGGCGAUGGCGGUGGCGGUGGACGGGUGUCGCUCGCGUCCACCAUGUCCACAGACGACUACACAACCACGCUCAACGACACACACCACCAGCACGUAUCGUCGUCACCACCAUCAUCAUCGUCGUCUCCACAGCGCGCGCGUACCCGACCAGCGUCAGCGUCGCGUCCCAGCACGGCAUCGCUGCUUCGUCGCCCGAGUGGUUCUGCUCUUCGCCGUCGCGCCGCCGCGUUCACGUCGUUUGCAAACAUCAUCACACGCAGCGGUGGUGGCGGUGAUAAUGGCGAGCGCGGUGGCGGUGAUGGUCAGGGUGGCAAUGGUGGUGGUGUUGGUGGUGUUGGUGGUGUUGGUGGUGGUGGUCAUCACGACCCUGCGGCGAUGGAGGCGCUGGGGCUGGACUCACGGCUCCCUGUGCUGAUGAUGGAUGAUGCGCCUGCUGUGCACCGAGCAGCCGCCAACGGCGACAUUGCGGCACUCAAGGCGUUUGCACGCAAUGACCCGGACGCGGUGAACGAGUUGGAUGAUCUCGGGCGGUCGCCGCUGAUUUACGCGGUGGUGGCGGGGCGCACGCGUGCCUGCAAGCAGCUGCUGAAGCUGGGCGCGAUUGUGAACGCGUGCGACGACAACGGGUGCACUGCGCUGCUGUGGGCGGUGUCGCACGGGUGCAAAGACGCGAUGCGGCUGCUGCUGAAGCACGGGGCAGAUCCUGACGCCACGGACCACCAGGGCCAGUCGUGUGUGCACUGGGCCUGCACGCCAGCCUCCACCGAUGUGCUGCAGAUUGUGCUGCGGGUGUGCCAGGGAAGCAUCCUGAACCAGCAGGACCUCCACCAGCAGACGCCGCUGCACUGGUCUGUGCUGUGCGGCCACAGUGCACACGCACAGCUGCUGCUGCAGCACGAGGCCGACCCGUCGCUCGUGGACAAGGAGGGGCGCACGCCGCUGCACUACGCCGUUGAACUGGCCAGCGUGGACUGCCUGCGCGUGCUCAUACGAUCGAGCACCACGCAUGUGCUGAACCAACCCGACGCGCGCGGGUAUGCAGCCCUGCACAUUGCCGUGUCCAAACAGGACAUGAAUGCCUUCAACGCGCUGGUGAAUGCUGGCAGUGGCAGCGUCGGCGGCGGUGGCGGUGUGGACGUGAACCAGACGGACCAGCACGGGCGCACGCCCUUGCACUACGCGGCGCUGUUGGGGCAAGCAGGCAUGUGCCGCGGUCUCAUCUCGCGUGGUGCAGCCGUGAUGGCACGCGAUGGGUCUGGUCGCACCCCGCUCCAUCUUGCCACAGACAAGGAUCGCCGUGAAUGCAUUCACAUUUUGCAGCAGAGCGUACAGCAUGCAACGGCGCCCCCGCCAAUCCCGCCCUUCAUGCAGCCCACACACUGAUGAAGCCCAUACGCGCGCGCGCGCGCGUGUGUGUGUGUGUUUGUGCUUUGCU